AAUGCAUUAACUCGCUUCCUGGCUGGGUACUUUACUGGAUUUUAUCCUCACUGCCCGUUCACGCACUCCCCAACAUUCAAGCUCGAAGCAUGCUCGCCAGAGCUUUGCUUGGCUAUGAUGACAGUGGGGGCACAGGACAGAUUUGAGACCACUUCGGCAAGACAGCUCUUCCAUUUCUCCAAGGCGUUGCUAUUUGAUAGUCAACAGAGAAGGAUGGGUUCUAAUGGUGACCAGUCUUCAUCAGAGAGAAGCACGUCGAGCUUCGAGCCAAUCGACCAGCUGGGCUGCUUACUUUGCCUCGCCCAGUUUGCGACAUGGCAAAGUGACGCAAGCCUGAGAACGGAGGCCUGCAUUCUACAAAGCCUUCUUUCUCAGUCCCUACGGUUGAGCGGGCUAGACGAAGCUUCGGAAGGAACGGAAGGCUGUAGCUGGGAAAAAUGGACACAAGAAGAAUCAGCACGACGGACAAAAUUCUUCGCAUUCUGUUUCCUCGGAAUUCAAAACAUUGCCAAUGAUACGCCACCUAGCGUUUUGUGUGAUGAAAUCAACCUGAAGCUGCCAUGCUCUUGUCCAGAGUGGACUGCGCCAGAUGCAGUCACCUGGAAUUUACUGCGACAGAGCACUCCAAAUGAACAAGGAUUGUUUCGUGAUACUUUGGACGCCCUGUUAUCUGCAGAUUACCGAUCGACUCACGGCAAUUCACCCGUCGCAAAUUAUGUCUUGAUUCAUGGACUCUUGCAAAUCAUUGUUUCGACUCGACGCUCUAUAUCUGGUACCUUGAAUGCGCUGCGUAGAUGGACCUCAUGCUGGCAACAAACACCAGAAUCAAACCUCGAGCCUCUGGAUCCCAAUGGCCCUCUGCCAUUCAAAUCUAGUGCCCUUCUCAGCCUUGCCUACGUUCGAAAUUGCUCCGGUGUUUCGAAAUCAAGAAGUAUAUUCUCCUGGGCACCCACCGAAAUCGCGGAAUCACUUCAAACAUCUUUGAAAGUGGACCGCAAAUGGAGUUCCCUCUUAUCCGCCUAUCACGCAACAAAUUUCCUUGCCACGUUGGUCAACCUUGGUGUUCAGUAUUUCAAACAUAAUCAAGCUGUGCUUUGGAGCAUUGAGGCGACUCUCUGCGGCCUCGAGUCCUGCGUGUUUCUUGAGAAAUGGCUAUAUCAUGUCCAGGGCACCAGGCAGGAAUGCCCUUUGACAGGUUCUUCAUCCCUUUCCCAUCCUCAACUCCCUUUUGGAUAA